UCUGAAUCCAGAGAUAUGAAUAUUUUAAUAAUUAUAAUGGAAAUAAUUAUAAUUAUAAAAAUAACAAGUACAAAAAGUGAAUUUCCAAAUUCAUGGUUUAAUAAUUAUCAUAAAAGAAAUAAUUCAAAAAUUCCAAUUGCUUUUCUAUCCGAGGAUAUUGAUGAUAAUUAUUAUGAUGAAAAUGGAAAUAUUUUACACGAUUUAAACAGAAGAGCUCGUGAUUCAAUGAGGGAGUAUAAAAAUUUAUGUGCAACUGUUACGCGAAGAGUUGAAUUUGAAGAUUCAAUAUUUGAAUAUCAACCACCUCAUUAUCAUGAAAUUUUUUGCAAAAAUCAUGCACCCAAUGAUGGAAAUUUUAAUUCUAUUCAAUUAUCACAACAAAAAUGUGCACAUCCUGGAUUUGAUUGUGUACAAAGAAGUAGAACUAUAUUUAUGGUUAGAAGAAAAUGGGAAAACGAUUGUUGGGAACCAUUUACAAAAGAAAUUGCAAGUGGUUGUGAUUGUAUGUGGCCUGUUUUAACAUUAGGCGACAUAUCAAUUCAUUAUUAACAAAAAAAAAGGAAAAAUCCAAUUUAUUUAAAAAAAAUUGUAAUUUAGAAAAUAGAAGGUAAAAUGAAAAUAAAAUUUUUACUUCCA